GCGACAAAGAGGAUCGAGCCUUCUCUGCAGGUGUUAUUGUCCAGGAUUUGUCCACUAGAACUACCGUGCUGGACAUUGAUUGUUUAGACCCCAGCAGUCCCAGCCAGAGCUUGGUAGGGGGUGGGUCACGUGCUCAGGAAUAGGGCUCAACCUGGGAUCUCCGCUGAGACUUCUGCUCCUUCCCCUGAGUCCCAGCAGCUGGCACGGCAAUGGGGUGUUCCAGCAGCACCCAGACCCAGAAUCAGGAAAGCAGUCGGCCAGUGAACAAAACCGGUGUCACCAACGGACUGAAGCAAAGCGCAACUUCGGAUGGAAACUCUUCAAGCCCAUAUGAAAAUGAAAUUUGUCUUGACAAGACCAAACAGUGUACAACAGAAGGAAAAGUCGAUGCCAAUGACAAAACAGGACCAACCAAUAUUCUUCUAGCAGGGGAUCCCAGGGUUAUGAUGCCAUUUGCAGCUGAUAGUGCUAGUUCUACCUGUGAAGAGGGAUACCCUGAGAAAGCAGGAUCUCCAAGCUCCGGGGAAAGAGUUCAAACAGAAUAUCUGAAAUCAACAGAUGAAACUAAGAAUCCAGAGGCAUCUAAGGAAUCUGUGCCACCCAUAUCUGCUGGAAAAAAUGAACUUCCAGCAACAGAUGAAAAGAAUGACAGGGAAAUUGAGAAAAGUACUCAACCUAUAGGAAAAAUUGCUGAGCUUGAGAUAUUUGGAAUUGUAAAGGAGAUGAAGUCACUGAAAACAGCUAGAGAAAUAGAACCUCCAGAAACAGAACAUAGUCAGCAUCUAGAAAUGAGUGAAGAGGCUGAUCUCCAAAGAACAAUGAAGGAGGAUAAGCAUCUGAUAACAUCUGAAGAGACAGAACCUCAAGAAAUUGUGGAAGAUAUUCAGCAUAUAAAUACUGAUAGAAGGGCAGAAAUGUUGGAGAAGAAUAAUUAUGUGGGAACAUCUGGAGAGACCGAAACUUCAGGAACACUGGAAGAGGCUGAGUAUGAGGGAACAGCUGGAGAGACCAAACCUUCAGGCACAUGUAAAGUAACUGAGCAUGAGGAAGCAGGUAGAAAGAUGGAACCUUUGGGAACACACACAGAGUCUGAGGGAAUAGCUGGAGAAACCAAACCUUCAGGAAUGAUGGAAGAGAUUGAGCAUGAGGAAACACCUGGAGAGACCAAACCUUCGGGAAUGAUGGAAGAGAUUGAGCAUGAGGAAACACUUGGAGAGACUAAAUCUUCGGAAAUGAUGGAAGGGACUGAGCAUGAGGGAACACCUGGAGAGACCAAACCUUUGGGAAUGAUGGAAGGGACUGAGCAUGAGGGAACACCUGGAGAGACCAAACCUUUGGGAAUGAUGGAAGAGACUGAAUAUGAGGGAAUAACUGGAGAGACCAAACCUUUGGGAAUGAUGAAAGAGACUGAACAUGAGGGAAUAUCUGGAGGGAUCAAACCUUCGGGAAUGAUGGAAAAGACUGAGCAUGAGGGAACACCUGGAGAGACCAAAUCUUUGGGAAUGAUGGAAGAGAUUGAGCAUGAGGGAACACCUGGAGAGACCGAACCUUCCGGGGCAAUGAAGAAGAUGACUCUGGUAACAGGUGAAAAGAACAAUCUUCAGGGAAUAGUUGAAGAUAACGAAUUCCCAGAAAUUGUGGGAGAAAUUCAGUCUCUCAGAGCUGCUGGAAAGAACGACCAUUCCAGAGCAGUGAGAGGCACUGAACUUCCUGAAAGAGUGGAAAAGAUUCUGUUGGUAGAAACAGUUGGAGGAACUCAACCUCCCAUAAUAGAUGAAGGGCCACAGGAAAACAUGAAGCCAGUGAUGGAAGUAGCCAGGGAAAUUAACAUGAAUGAAGAGAACCAAGCAAUUGAAGGUGAGACGGGAGAAAGGGUGGAAACUGAGACGCACAGUGAGAUAGUAAGUAAGGGGUCUGAAACAAAAGAAGAAGAAACGGGAGAAGCUGUGGAUACUACUACAUUCACAGAGAUAGAGUAAACAAAUAGCAAGAAAUAAGAUCCAGAUGCUACCCAUGCAGAUUCCAGUCUCUUCAUCUUGUUCAGCUGUUUAAGUAAAAAUCAUUUUUACAGUCUUGUUGACUUUGGGGGGAUGAGAGUGGGGAAUAUGACAUCAGGACUUUAGAAGGAAUUUAUAAGUUUUUACCAAUGUUAAAAAAAAAUUGCCACAAAGAAAUCAUCUUUCAAGGAUCCUUCAAAAGUUGCCAAAAGACCUUGACAAGUAGUUACAUAUGUACAUUUUCUCUUAUCUGCCAUAGAGUGCCUUUUGUAUGUUAAUAUACAAGUAGAAUUUUGUUUUUAAAACAUUUUUGUCUGAAAUGUUAAUAUAUAUUUCAUACUUUUUCAAAUCUUCUAAGUUCAUUUUUAUGUCAAAACAAUAAUUACAGAAACCUCCUGUUUAUGCAUUUAAUCCAUAGGUAUACAAGAUGGUCAAAGUGCAUUGUCUCAUUUUUUUUCCCUUAUUUAAACAGAUUGAUACUAGUUUAUGACCUAAAUUUUAAAAUGCUAAUUUGUGAGGUAGAUGCUAAGAAGUUACCAGAAUAGUUACUCUUGCAGAAAAGGAAACAGACUAUGAUCUUCAACUUGUAUAUUUUGUGCAGUUUUAAAAAAUAAUUUUUUAAAAAAAUCAUUAUCAUCAUAGUAUCCCAUGUAUCCAUAGUAACCUAUUUAGAAAUGUAAUUUUAAAAAAUGAUUGUGAAUAAAUCUAAGAAAAAAUAUUUAUAUCAGAAUUUAUUAACAAAAUGCAUUUUUGUAACUUUAAAAUUUAAAAUUUUGGAAUCAAUGACUGUAUUUCUUUAUUAAAAUUAUCAGUGAUAUGUUUUAAAAAUU